UUGCAUUUAAUUAUUUAGUAAGCAUCUGUUCUUUUUCCAAAAAGAUAUCAAUCAAUGUUCGGUUUUGAUUAAAAAGGAUAGAAUGAUGUGAUAAUAAAAGCUUUAUUUGUUUUUCCUAGUAAUAAAUUAUAAUUAAAAACUUCUUCAUCUUGCUAGUGUGUCACAAAAGCGAAUAGAAUAAGGAAAAGUUUCGUCUUAUCUCAAAAGUAGCUCACCAAAGAAACCUCGCGAUAGAAAUUUGAAAAAUGAACCAAGAGUUUAAUGAAGCUUUACAGGAGCGUAGACCCGCGACUAUCGCUGUGGAGUUUGCGGUAUUUCUCGUGAUCAUUCUUGUGACGAUACUUGGAAACACACUCGUGUGCGUCGCUAUCUAUCGUCAGCCAAGGCUACGAAGCACUACAAACUACUACGUGGUUGCGCUAGCGGUCCUUGACAUUCUGACAGCAGCACUAACUAUGUCGUUGACUCUCGGUGUCGUUCUCACGGGCAGAUGGCCUUACGGGGACACUCUUUGUCAAAUACAGGGUUACCUGGUGCCUCAGUUUGGCUUUGCAGCAAUCAUAAUCAUGUUUCUCAUAUCCCUUAACCGUUACGUGAAAAUUAUCAAGUCAGCGAGCUAUUCCAAAUAUUUCUCACACAGAAAGACAAUCGCGUCAAUUCUUUUCGCUCUCGUGUCAGCAGUUGUCGGAGUUUUCAUGCUAAAAACUAAAUUCAAGUUCGAUCCGGGCAAGUUGUUUUGCUUCGUUGAUGGCGAAAACAUCUCCCGGUUCGCCUCUCUAGCAGUGGCGUUGUUAUUUUUUGUUUUACCGUUUGCUCUCAUGUGUUUCUUCUACCUGAAGAUUUACCUGAAAAUUCGCCACCACAAAAAGCAAACUGCGCACAUGCGGCGCGGGCCAAGCACUAACGACAUCAACGCAACGAAAACUUUAUUCGCCGUCCUUCUUGCGUUCGUUCUUUGCUACAUGCAGAUUCCUGUCAUCGAGGCUGUGCGCAUGUUUCACGGAAGGUUACCUCGAGAGGUAUUCGUAUUUUAUUCGGUGAUGGGAGGAGUCUCAAGCGCUAUCAAUGUGUUUAUUUAUCACGCUAUGAACAGCGCUUUUAGGGCUGAAUUCAAGGCAAUUUUGAGAUGCUCAAGAAGAAUUGUAGUUCACCCGGUGGCUACAUCCUGCGACACUGGUAUUACACUUCAGACGAGAAGUAACUAA